AUGAGUCUAAACACUGAAAGAGAUGAUUCAUUCCCUGUAAUUAAUGAUUAUGAAGAGUUCCUGAAAAAGUCAAAAACUCACUUUGAAAAUACCUUCAACAAGAAAGUAUCGACCACCAUGUCUAUUGAAGAGUUCAGUUGUAUAAGAACUCUAGGCACUGGUUCAUUUGGCCGUGUCAUGCUUGUCAGACAUAAGGGAUCUGGAAAUUAUUAUGCUAUUAAAAUUCUGGAUAAAUCAAGAAUCGUUAAACUAAGACAAAUAGAACAUACAUUAAAUGAGAAGAAGAUACUCCAGGCUCUCCGAUUCCCUUUUAUAGUUUACCUAGAAUAUUCUUUUAUGGACAGUAAUUAUAUUUAUUUUGCAAUGCCAUUUGUAUCUGGUGGUGAAAUGUUCUCUCUUCUCCGAAAGAGUGGAAAAUUUGAAGAAACACAGUCAAAAUUCUAUGCAGCGCAGGUAGUUUUGGCUUUAGAAUACAUGCAUUAUCUUGAUAUUAUUUAUCGUGACCUAAAACCAGAAAACAUUUUAAUAGACAGAUUUGGCUACUUAAAAGUUACAGACCUUGGUUUCUGCAAAGUUAUAAGUUCUAGAACAUGGACACUUUGUGGCACACCAGAAUACAUAGCUCCUGAAAUUAUUUUAAGUAAGGGAUAUGGCAUGGCUGUUGACUGGUGGUCCUUUGGUGUUCUUGUAUAUGAAAUGAGUGCUGGCUUUCCACCUUUCUAUGCCAAAGAGCCAAUGAAGAUUUAUGAGAAAAUACUAUCGGGCAAGUAUCGAAAUGCACCUUCUUUUGGUAGUGACAUUAAAGACCUUAUAAAAAACUUGCUUCAGGUUGAUGUUACCAGAAGGUUUGGCAAUCUUAAAAAUGGUGUUGAUGACAUUAAGAAUCACAGAUGGUUCAAUAGUAUUAACUGGAUGGAAAUCUUAAACAGAGAAAUCAAACCCCCAUAUGUACCAUCUUUAAAAUCUUCUGGGGAUUCAAGCAACUUUGACCAAUAUAGAGAGGAGCCUCUGAAGCAGUCGGGGACAGACAGAUAUGCAAGAGAGUUUAGAGAUUUCUAA